AUGAAUUUGCUAAUGAAAAUAACUUUCUUCGCCUCUGUAUGGCUUGCCUGUACCAUCGACUACGUAAAGGCGAACUCACUCGAGUACGAUGGUUGGCUGAACAUAGCGCUGUUCCAUGCGCUGGAUAUCGACGAACCAAACAAAUUUACCCUACGGGGUAACGUUACCGUCACGAACCGUAACACCGGACUGGUCUCCGUGGCACAGGAACCGCUCUCACUGCAGGAUAGAAACAAAUUGAAACGAUUAGCACAGGAUAAUCGAUUAUACCGCCUAGAGGCACAUGUCACCGAUUCGGACGGCGUUACUAAAUUUCUUACCUCAUCCAAAGCGUGUGCUUUGGCAAAGUCCCAGCUCACCGAUGUGCUGUGGGUUUCGUUGGACCACUCGGGGACGGUAACUGCGGUCACGCAAUCGGUAAAUAAUGGCAAUUUGGACGAGUGUCAUGAUCUGUCCAGCAGCGAUGUCGACGUGCUGGAAGAAUUCAAUACCGAUGUGUACGUGAAGCAUACCGAAUCGGCUCCAAUUCCCGACACGGCCAGCUUUAUACAGAAGAUGGAACGUGAGCGUGAAGCGCGAGAACGCGGCGAAACUAAGGACAACCGUAGCUUCUUUGCGAAAUAUUGGAUGUACCUCGUGCCGGUUGUGAUUCUGCUACUGAUUUCUGCCACCAAUCCCGAGGCAGGCCAACGCUAA